UCGCCUGGCGCCGGGAGGGGAAGCGCGGGGUGAGUGCUGCCGAGCGUGAGCUGGGCCCUGCUGGGGACAGCCCUGCGAGAGCACCGCCAUGGCCCGGCAGGAGCGGGAGAAGAGCCUGGCAGAGCAGAAGGUAGCUGGCAUCUCCCGGAGGUUCUCCUUCCUGGAUGCCGACCAGCCCCGAGCUGGCGGCCAGGCCCGCAGCUCCCAUCUCUGGGCAGCCACCCUGGGGAGGAGGGAGCGUUUCCAGACGCUGCAGAGGAUGGACACCAACAAAAACAUCGACUGGGGCAGGCACAGUCUGGGGAGCUGGGGUAGGGCUUCAGGCAGGCUCUCCGUUAGCCCCAGCAGUACCCGGAGGAAGGAGCUGAAGGAAAUCCUCCUGCAGACCAACAGCCCUGGCAGCACCAUGCGGUUUGCCGCUGCAAAGAAGACAUCCAGCAGCAGCAGUGUUCCUGCAGGGCUGCACCAAGAGCAGAAGCCUGAGCAGAGCCCUGAUCUGCUGCCCCUUGUCCUUGAUCCCCUGGAGCACGCGUGGCUGCUGACGGUGGCUGAGGGUGAUGCAGACAGCAUCAUCAAGCUGCUGGACCUGGAUCCCAGCCUGCUGACCAGGAGAGACUUUGUGACUGGCUUCACUGCUCUCCACUGGCUUGCCAAGCAUGGCCACCAUGAGAGCUUCAUCCAGGUCAUCUCCCAUGCCCAGAAGAAAGGCUACCCUGUCAACAUGAACAUCCCCACAGCCAGCGGUGGGCUCACCCCUCUGCACCUGGCUGCCUUGCAGGGACACGAGGUGCUCAUCAAGGUGCUGGUGGGAGCUUAUGGGGCAGACACCAGCUGCAGGGACCACAACGGGCGCAAGGCUUGGCAGUACCUGCCAGCAGACACCUCCAGGGACCUGAAAGAGCUGGCAGGGGCCUUGGAGGAGGACUUGGUCCAGCUGCAGUCUCACAACACCAACAACAACUGUAAGUCAUCCAGAGAGGCUGGGGCUGGGCAAGACUCUGUGGACUCCGGGGCUGAGGGAAAAGCCCAGCACUCCUGGAGGCUGUCGACCCUCCGAGGCUUUGUUAGACAGGCAUUUGCUUUCUUCCAUGAGCGCUGAAGCUCUCCUGGCUCCAUUCACUGGUAAACCCAUGCUGGAUAGCAGCCAGAAAAGCCUGCAGGGAGCUGGGAACUUGGGUGCUCAAAAUCCUGGCCAAGUGAGGGUUAAGCCAUGGCAUCAUGGCCACCCUGGGUCUUGUGGUCUUUUGGGGCUGUUCUGGUGUGUGUGUUUGGAGCAUCCCAAUGGCCACUGGGAGCAGUACCUUGGGACAGCCCUUCCCAAAAACUGCCUGUCUGCAGAGGGGGUUUUGGCCUUGUGGAUGGAGACUCCUUGCUGCAUCCCAGCAGAUCCCCAUGGUUGAGGCUCACGUGUCAGCUCUGCUGUGGGGAGUUGCUCCAACACCCCAUAUGCUCACAGGAGGAUACUGACCUACCAUGUGUAAAUCCCAUGCUGCAAAUGCUUUCCAGCUCCCUGUGAGAUCCCCUGAUCUCUGCCAUAUGCACCUUCUCUGGGUUGAUGCUUGUUUAUGACAGCUGAUUAUAAAGCUGAUUCUCAGUAGAGUAAGAGCUAAGGGCCCUGUUUGUGAGAAGAGUCCAAGCCAAGAGAAGCCUUUCAAAGUGCAAAACAACUCACGCUGGCAGCCCUUCCCUUGAGAUCCCCAUCCCAGGAAGCCUGAAAUGCUCAACCUCAUUAGAAAUGGGGGCCAGAGCAAUGGAGGCAGGAGGGACACCAGGAGGGCAGCAUGCGGUGGCUCCUGUGGGGAUUAGAGUUGAGGAACAGUUCCAGAUGAUUCAUUCUCAGAAACUGUGGAAAAGGUAUGUGAAGGCUGUGAGAUCAUGCUCAAAAGUGAAACUGAUGAACAUUUCUGCAGCAGCAUAACCGUGCAUGUAUGUCUUACAUUAA